CAAGUGAUGGUGAAUCUUGCAGUUGGUUGCCCAAGCAUGGGACAAACAAAGCUGUAUUAUGUCCGAAAAUACUCUCUCUAUAGAUUUAAAUGGUUUUGAUGAAGCAUGAAGGUGGACAGAGGGAGCAGCCAGGAAAGGUAGCGAAGCGCUUGGAAAAUUAAGAAGACUUUCGAGCUUCGCGAUUUGGUGAAAACUGACAACUACAACAACGUCAUCAUCACCAUAAACUUUCGCUCAUGAUUUAGCAGAAUUUAUUUUUGUCUCCAGCUUGCUGUUUGAUUGAUAGAAACGACUAUGUUUUCGUCUGUGAACAAAACAGCCCUUGUGACACGACUCGCCAAGGAUAAAUAUUUAGCUUGUCGUCCUAAGACACAGACCAGGUGUGUGAGCAAGGAUUAUGGGGGUCCGGGUUUGAAGCCCGCCGAUCAAGGGGACAGCGCAGAGUACAGGGAGCGAGCACGCUCUGUAGCCUCCUACUACAACCAAAGUGCUAUAGAUUACGCUGCCUCGAAGCCCUCGGUGCGGCUCUCCCCCACAACCAUUCUCUAUUCAGGGAAAAGUCCUGAUGGAUCUCAUCUACUGCGUAGUGCCCAGUACCUGCACAAAGAGCUACCAGUUAGAAUAGCCCACAGGAUCGCUGGCUUUCGUGGACUGCCUUUCAUCGUGGGUUGUAAUCCCACCAUCUUAGAAGUGCAUGAGAUGUACAUUCGUGCCUUCCAUAUACUCUCAGAGUUCCCUCCAGUUCUUGACCGUAAGAUUGAGGAGGAGUUCACACUGACCAUCAAGUCCCUCCUAGAGGAUCACAAUGAUGUUGUCACUAUGCUGGCUGAUGGCUUCAAGGAGUGUCGCAAACAUAUCAAGGAUGAACAGAUGGUGAAGGUGUUCCUGGACAAAACCCUUACUUCACGAAUGGGCAUCAGAAUGCUAGUGGAACAUCAUCUCGCUCUUCAUGAUGAGAAGGCCAACCAUGUUGGGAUCAUUAAUGUCAGCUUUUCUCCACGUAAGCUGAUACAGAAGAAAGCAGAGUUUGUAAGAAAUGUGUGUCUGGCUAAGUUUGGUCAUUCUCCAAAUGUCCGGCUGAACGGUCACCUGACAGCUACGUUCCCUUACAUUCAGCCUCCUCUUGACUACAUCCUCACAGAACUCCUGAAAAACUCCUUCAGAGCUGUUGUGGAAUUCCAUCGUGGUCACCUGUCCAGUCCGGCUGAUGUUGUCGUCACCAUGGCGAAUAAUGAUGUGGAUUUCAUUAUCAGAAUCCAGGAUCGCGGAGGGGGCAUUGAUCACCGGAUCCAGCCUAACAUUUUUGACUACAACUUCACCACUGUGGACAGCCAGGCCGAGGAUGUCAUGUCCACAGGAAUGUUUGAUCAGAUCAUAGACACGGGCCACACAGGCCCCGCACCUGGCAAGAUGCACGGAUAUGGCUUUGGACUACCGGCUUCUCGGGCUUAUGCAGAAUAUUUGGGAGGCAGUCUCUGUGUACAGACCAUGCAAGGCAUCGGCUCCGACAUUUACUUACGAUUACGCCACAUUGAAGGAAACAAUGAGAGUUUUCGUAUCUGAUGACUGAAAUACAUUAUCCUGAAGACUUACAUUUUUGUGUUUAUUUAGCCCUCAGUUUAAUUGAUAAAUAUGUGAAUACAUUACAAGACCACAAUGCAGUGAUGACAUUGUAUUUUUUUUUUCUUUUUGAACAAUGUUUGAGUGUUGACUCUGGUAGCAGUAUGCCCUUCCCUGUUGUUUUCAUUUGGGUGAGUGGAAAUGCGUAAAUAGCAAGCUGAGAAAACUUUGCGUAAGUUUUAAGAAAGGGAUAGAAAAUUACGAUUGAUGCACCUAGCUCAGAAAUGACCUUACAUAUAUUGAGGUUGGGUUCAGUGUAAAAAUCAGAAGAUUUUAGAGAUUUGCUGUGAACACAAAUGUGAUAACCAGUGUGUUCUGUAUGAACACAAAUGCAGCGAUCACUGUUCACACAUUGUAGCAUUUUGUUUGAACACAAAUAUUUGGAUCACUUUCAUGGCAAGUGCUGUAAACACAAUGUACGUGUAGCAUGUAGUGUGAACAUGAUGUAGCAAAUGUAAUGGUAUUUAGUGUGAACACAAAUUUAUCGACCAGUGUGAACACAGCUUUAUCGACCAGUGUGAAUACAAAUUUAUCGACCAGUUUAAACACAAAUUUAUUGACCAGUGUGAUCACAAAUUUUUCGACCAGUGUGAUCACUGAUGCAAGAACGUUGAAACUACUUAAUAAGAUGUGAGUUUAAAGCUGCCAUGAUAUCAAAUUGUAAACCCCACACACAAUUUUAAAGCUGCCGUGAUAUCAAAUUGUAAACCCCA